CGCUACACGAAUGAUGUCGGCUUAUGACGUCUUGUAACCGCUUGCUCGCUCGCACCUAGUUUUCUGACUUCUUCCAGCACAUGACCGGCAUUUGAGCAACGAGUCGAAGGCUGUCGAGCAAGUCACCCGAGCUACAGUAAUAAAAAUAAGAAAAAAAAUUGUUUGUACGACAAAGCAAAAACUUGUCGCCAUAUUGAAUCCGAAGCUAGUUGUGUCAAGUUAGUAUAGUGUACAGAGAAAAUUUUGCAGAUUUUAAAUUUUGCUUUGAAUUUGCAAAUAAUAAUUAAUAAAUCAAAUACACACGUUUUGUGUAGAUGUGUUUGUGAGUGCGAAUGUGUUUUCACAACACUUUUUUGGUUAACGUCAAGGUAUAUCGAGAAUACAUAGUGAGAAAAUACAAGACUAAAGCAGCGAAGCACCAACGCUUCAUACGUCGAUCGGUGUGUGUGCGUGUGUAAACGGCUGGGAUUACGCUGGAGUGCCGAAAAAGUGUUCGCCAGUGGUAAUUGUAACCUGGUCAAUAGAUAGUACCUAUUCCCUUAUCUGUGAAGGUUAGAAAAGAAGAGUGUAGUGAAACUCGUACCCUAAACAUAACCUAUAAGUGUGCAACGAUAUGGAGGCAAGCACCACCGCAGCGGCGGCUCCAACGCAGACAUCUUCCAACAACGAAAGUGAUGAAACAUAUAAUUUUGAUCCCAGUUUAUCUGAGGAGGAGCGUCGUUUCUAUAUCAGAGCAUAUCCAAAUGUGGACCUAGUGCGAGAGCGCAAGGUGCACUGUACCAUCUGUAAGAUGCAUAUCGGUACAGCACCAGCUCAAGAGGAGAUCAUCAAAAUGCAUCCGGUGCUGCGGGUAACACAUUGCUUGAAAUGCCACCACUUCUAUAAUAGUGGCGAAUUCAGUAAAGGUGAAGAUGGCUCGGAGCUAUAUUGUCGUUGGUGUGGCCAAGGCGGUGAGGUUUAUUGUUGCUCAAGCUGUCCCUACGUUUUCUGCAAGUCGUGUAUCGUUAAAAAUCUAUCGCGUGGUGUGGUAGUGGAUAUUGAACAAAACGAAAACUGGAAUUGUUUCAGCUGUGCACCCAAAAUUCUUUGGCCAUUACGUGCACAGCAUUGGGCACUUAUUCGCUACAUUGAUAAACAAAAGAAGUAUAUUGAAUCAACUUGCUCUACUGAAUCUGACAAGAAAGCGUUAAUGGCACAAGAUCGCUCUACUUGCUGUCGGCUAGCCAAAUCGAAAUGUGGUAACAUGUCAGAUUCUUUGGAAAGCUUGGACUCUACGACAUCACGUCGUAGUCAAAGCAGCGCUAUCGUAAAGAAGCAAUCGAAAUCACCCCAUCCGCAAACACCCGCUGCCAAACGUUUGAAAACUUCAAAUGAUGAAGUCGUUUGUACACCUGAUUUAUUAAGCAUGUUGGAACCUGACUGUCAAAUUACUGUGCAACAGAAGACACGUCCUACAUCCUCACCUAUGACAUCUACACCAAAAAUUAUAUCUUUACAAACGAACACUUCAACUCCAAUCAGUGGUGGCAUCACGCUGAAGCCACACAAUAAUAACACACCGCCGCCAUUGGUGUUACGCAACACCGGCAUACCAAUGCGACAUCCAUCGCCUGCUCCGAUUGUUCGACGUACAUAUAUUGGUGCAAGGAAUACUCCAUCGGCUGGUACGCAUACACCAGUUUAUCACACCAUCAACGGUUACCGCAUCGAUUUGAAUUCAGCAGCCCAGCAGGAAACAUUCCGUUUACCAAAUGGCAAGCUGAUACAGGUGAAACGUCAAGGCACAAAUCAAACUCAGGGUGUGGCUAGCUCUCCAACGUCGAGUAAUCCUUGGUUUCGACAAGCAAGCCCUAUUACGGCUAUACAAAAUGCUGCAUCUGGCCGUCCUAUACAAAUAACACCGGCUAAUUCACAUGCGACACAACAAUAUUAUACAGUACAGCAGCAACAACACAAUCCAAUGCAUCAUCCGCAAAUGAUACGUUAUAGCAAUACAACAGUUACACCUAUAAGUAGUCAGAAUGGUGCUGUCAGAGGUACACAAAUACAGGUGAUUAAUGGCGUGCCGAUGGCGCCAACGGCAGCGCCGGCAGCUGCACCAGGGCCUAAUGUUACGACCGCAAUUCGUGCACCACUCAUGGUACGUCACGUCUUCCCCGACACUGCCUUCGGCCAGGCGCGCACUCAACUACAAGAUCAAGUAUUUAAUGCCAUGGAGAUUUGUCAACAUCUCACUGGUAAAGUGCAAACACUGACCAACUCGAAUGCCUACAAGCAGGCGCGUAAUUAUCUCGAAGUGAAAGAGCUCUACAUACAUCUGUCAUAUCUUUUGACUUAUGCGAUUGGUCGCUUUAAGGGAUUGCAAGAUAAGUGUUUAGCGGAUAUGCGACAAUUGGGUUUCGUUAACGAUGCCGAUAGCUUGGAAAAUGGCCAGUUGGCAGCAGAUAAACAAGCUAGCGAUGAUGAGGAUAACGAAAUCGAGAUUGUGGAACCUAAAACGGAUACCAUUACGCUUGACUCGGACAAUGAAGAUGACGAGCCAGCCAAGCAGAUGGUUGCCUCUCCCAUAAAGCCGCAGCUAAUUGCUAUCAAUAAUAACGCUACGAAAAUCAGUGAUGCCUCAUUGCAAUGUCGAGAGCAAAUUCUAACAAUCACCCAUGAUGGCAACAGUCCGAAACUAAGAGAGCAAAUUCUAACAAUCACCCAUGAUGGCAACAGUCAGAAACUGAAAGAGCAGCUAUUACUACCUAAAAACACUUCAAUUACAGCCACUAUACCAAUGCCCAGCUUAACCAAUAUAGCGCCUACUAUAAAUCGUAAAGCCAUUACAAUUAACGAGCCUAACAAAAUGGAGGAAAUGGAUAUAAUGACAGCGGCGAAAAGUUUUCUUGUUAGCCUCUUGGAAGUAGAUUCAGAUACAGCUGAGGGUAGUUGGACGCCGGAUGGCAGCGAUUCAACGUCGCAGCAACACCAACGCAAGCAGCCGCGUAAAAAGACUACCAACAAACCGAAUCCCACUUUAUUGAAGCAAAAGGAAAUUCUUGAGCGUGAACGCUUGGAGGAGAUGAAACGUAACGAUUUAAAACUGAAAAUGAAAUGUGCCAUUUCAUUGAAAAAGGCCGAAGAAGAGUUUCCAUUUGCCAAAGAUAUGCUACAGAAGCAUGAGAGUGAGACAAAGACUAAUGCAGCCGCAGAAGUAGAUAAAAUAGAAGCAACAAAUGAUGCAGUUGAAAAAGCCAGUGAAACAAAAGAGUCUGUGGAGAACAAUGAAAAAAUGGAUGACUCUGGGGAGCUAGAAAUACUGACUGUAGAUUUAGCACAUGCCGUAGUGGAUUUGGAGAGUUCUAUGGAUGAUGGAAAGGAGAACGAAAUAGUUCUGGAAGAAGACAAGUCGCCAUCGGGAGACAAGUGUGAGGAGGAGGAUAAUAGCAAAAAGUACACAAUUGUCAUGGACGAUGAUGAUGACGACAAGGAGAAAUCAUUAAUUAUAGAAGUUGAAGGCAACAACAGCGGUGAAAAGGAGUCGCUGAAAGUGGUUAUUGAUGCUAAGUCAGUUGAGGGAGGAAAUAAUAGCAAAUGGGUCGUCAAUGAUAAGACAGUGGUUGGCAGCGAAAAGUGCACGAAAAGCAAAGUUGAAACUGUGAGCGAGUGCGCUAAGCGUGUUAUUGAAGGCUUGCAAGCGAGUGAGAAAAAGAAAGAAAUGGAAAAGAAAGAGCAACAAGCUGUUAAGGUGUCUGUGGGGGUUGCAUCCUCAACAACGGCAACAUUGGCAAACGUCGAUGAUGCCUUGCCCGCCGAUGACACUGUCGAACCGAUUCUAAUUGAUGAAUCUGAUGCGGCAUAUUCCGAAGGAUCGCCGAUUAAGCAAAACUUCUUAAGCAAGGUCGAAAAUAUUGCAGCACCAGAAGAAGAAGCAACACCGGCGAGUACAGGGCAAUCAUCGGCUACUAAGCAAAAUAACGAUACCAACAUCGAUGAGUCCACUAGCGCAGCAGAAUUGAACGAGCCUGAAAUUGAUGUCGAAAAAGAAAUUGAGAAACUUCUAAUGAAUAAAGCGCCAGUGUCAGAAAUCGAAACGAAUGCUCCUCAUAGCUCUUCAGAAGCGUCAACUACGGCAAAAAAUAAUUCGUCCGAGCUACUUAGCCAACUAGUAGAUAACUUGUUGGAAAGUGAAAGUACGACACUCACGUAAAAUAAAUGUGCAGACGUAGAGUUUGUUGCGAUCCUAGGCAAUAGCAGUUGCUUCUACUGAUUUUUAAUAAUUGUUAAUUCUUAGUAUUUAGUAUAUAAUGUAAUGCAUAAUUAUUCGGAUGGAACAUUUCUAUGCCAGGGCGGUAAGAAAUCGUGAGCUCGUGAGCUAUUAUGCUUACAUCUUUGAAUAAUGAGUUGAUUGAACGAAGUGAUUGCAAAUAUUCCUAAGGAUAUUUAUUUGCUCAAUUUCUAGAUAUUUUGUCAUUAGUGCUGUUAUUAACGACAAAUAUUUUGAUAUUUACAAAUUUCUAUAAAAUUUGAUAUACAUACAUAUGUUCUCCAUACACACACAUAUUUCUCAAAAAUGAAAUAGGAUUCGAAUGAACGUUGGAAAAUAUAUAAGUUUUCAAAAACUUACCGAUAAUAUUUCAUAAUUGUUUAUUUUAAACAUUAAAUUGUUUAGAAGUUGUAAAUGCUUAGUGAUUUCAUCAAUUCUGAUUUUGCAUAUGUACGAGAAUAUUGCAUAUUAUAUGCACGCACAUAAAAAUCAUUAUUGGAAUAACCAUUCGCAUUAUAGGGUUAAACAAUAGAUUACUUUUAUUUCUUCUUUUUUUAU